UAAAUAAGUAAAAAUGUAGAACAAGUAUUCGGUUUUGGCCUGCCUAGGGAGGUUUGACCGGAAGCCUUCGCCUUUCAUAACCGCGUCUCUAUAUUAUCAUAGCUGUUUAAUAAGUCGUCGUCUGGGUUCUACCAUCAUCAUCAAGCCGUUGUAUGUAAAUAAUAUAAAUACUCCAUAUCUGUACAUAUUUGAAUUUGCUCGUUCCUCUUCUUCAAUCCUAUCUAUCAUUCAAACAGCGUCUAGAUUGUCAAUAACUCAAUCUUUUCUGUGGAUUGGUUUUCUUUUGGCACGCGGCCAUAAAUCUGCGUAAUUCCAAUUCUCCAGUAUACUCUGCGUAAAUCGGACCUUUUUUAUAUUUUUCGCCAGCGUCUUCAGGAUCCGAACAGUCUAUUGCUUUUCCUGGUAUCUUUCCUUCCAUAAUCUUAGUUCGAUCUGUUAUUUUGUGUCUUCAUACAGAUCUAUUCUCUCAAGUGGCUGAAACAGUUUGUUCCUGCUGACUUCCAGAUUUAACCCGGUGACAAAAAAAAUGUUUGGUGUCAAGAAAUCCUCCUUGCACAGGAUUGCUAAAACCCACUCAGUUGAUCCUGGAUUUUCUACCCCUCCUCCUACUUCAAACCCUUUCGACUCUGAUGAUGAGUACGAAAAGAAGAAAAAUGUUAAACCCUCAAGGAGUUCUUCAGAGCCUGCUCUUGUUGCUCCAAACUUGAGCUCUAACCCUUUUGAUGAUGAUGAUGAUGAUGAGACUAAAGGGGUUCCCUCCUCAUCUGCAUAUCCUUCGUAUACAUCAACAGACCGAAACAGAUACAAGGAUGGUUUCCGUGACUCGGGAGGGUUGGAGAGUCAGUCUGUACAGGAACUGGAAAGUUAUGCUGUAUACAAGGCUGAAGAGACUACAAAAGCAGUUAAUGGUUGUCUGAAGAUUGCUGAAGAAAUGAGAGAAGAUGCGACUAAAACUUUGAUCAACCUACACCAGCAGGGUGAGCAAAUUACUAGAACUCACAUGGUUGCUGCCGAAAUUGACACAGAUCUUAGCAGGGGUGAAAAACUUUUGGGAAGUCUUGGGGGCUUAUUUUCCAAAACGUGGAAACCUAAGAAGAACCGCCCAAUAACCGGCCCUAUUAUCACACGAGAUGAUGUAGUACAGAGAAAGGGUAAUCACUUGGAGCAGAGGGAAAAACUGGGGUUGAAUUCUGCUCCCAAAGGUUACUCAAACACACAAAGAUCCCUUCCUGAACCAACUAAUGCAUUGCAGAAAGUCGAAGUGGAAAAGGCAAAGCAAGAUGAUGCACUCUCUGAUCUAAGUAAUCUCUUGGGGGAGCUUAAGGAAAUGGCCAUUGACAUGGGAUCUGAAAUUGAAAGGGGGAAUAAAGCCUUGGACCAUCUUCAGGAUGAUGUUGAUGAGCUGAACUACAGAGUAAAGGGUGCCAAUCUACGUAGCCGCCGUUUGCUUGGGAAGUAGAGUGAUAUUGUUGUGCAAUCAACAAAUACCACCCACCCCCGUCUUCUUACUAAGAUCCUCAUGGUCUGUAGGCAAUAAUAAUAAAUGGUGAUUCUUUCUUAUGUUAUUGGUAUGCCUGAUUCCUUGAUGGCCACAUUGUUGUUAUGCAUAGGAAUUUCUCUUACAGCAAGUACCUCAACGUUUUCAUUCAUUCAACGACCGAAGUUGCUGUAAUGCUACCAUGUGGACACUGUUUCUAGUAUAAUGAUUUGCAUAUACCUUUGUUGUACACUUGAUUAAUUUAUUUAAGAGAUUUCGCCUCAAAGUUCUCGCGUAAUUGCAGAUUUACAAAUUGAAUCCUUGUCAAAUUGCUUCUUUUUCUUUUAAUUCAGGUUUGAAUUAUCAAUGAA